AUGUCAAAAAUCACCAGAAAGGCCUACUUUGUAACUUUGUUUGAACGCAAUGAUUCCAACAAGCCUCAAUUCGCUAUCGAACAUCUAAAAUGGCUGUUACAAGAAACGGUAGAAAAGUACGAUUCAGGUAUCACUGACGCGGCAAGAUUCGUACCGAUUGGUAUUCAAGUUUAUUUGUUACCUUUUUCUGAUGAACCGCAAACGAUCAUACUUUCACAUGGUAAGCGAAACUUGUUUAUCACUGUGCUAGAAGACGAACGUGAAACAUAUCUCGAUGAGCAAGAAAGCAAGUCUUUACCAAGCUGGAAGGUUCUGUGUUCAUUGUUGUCAUGCACAGCAGGCAAUGCAUCAUGGUCAUUGCAGCACCUUAAGAUCCGUUUGACAAGUCUAUCUGCAAGCGAGUUCACAUACUUGCUUGCUAGCAAAUUUGAUACCCCUGUCAGCAUGCUAGACCUAGAUCUCAUUGCAGACAUGACUAUUAUCAAGUAUAAAUCAUACCUUUAUCCAUUUAUUUUAGGUGAGGAGCUUUUAGGAGAUCAAAAGAUGGCAAAAAUCUCAUCAACAAGUGCUGCCGAAGUCACUAUCGAGAAUGUAGAAGUAACGGAAACAAUUGUAAAUUACUUAGGUCAUUUGAAACUAGCAAUAGCUGCAUACGAAGCUUCCCGCCACGUUUAUCUUGUCUAUUCUAAUUUAUCUAUGGAAAAAGCAUUUCUCAACACCGAAAUUAUUCAACCAAGACUUUUGGCUUACUUGGCAGAGUUCAAUAGUGUGGAAAUACUUUUAUGCCUGGCAAAAGAUACGCUAGAAGAUGUCACUUUACAGCUUGAUGCAACUCGAGCGCAUUCGGAUGAUUUCAGAAGCGAUGGUGUAUCUUAUACGCUUUCCAAUAGCGGACAUACGAUCACCGUUCAAAAUAUGCGUUAUCGUGAUCAAUUGAUGUUCAGUCAACGUCAAAGUUUACAAAUAAAAUUUACCCAUCGAGGCAAAGCAUACAAAUGUCGUGCAUAUGUGUUGUAUGCUAAAGGUAAAACAACAACGAUCAAAUUGGUAGGAGAGGAUGCUCAUAAGUUUACUCUUGGUCAACCUCCGAUCAUCACUGAAGUCUUAUGUCUAGGACGAGAGGAUUAUUCAAUCUCGGAGGUUCAAGGUAUCAUCUGGCGUAGAGAUUUAUUGAACUCUGUCAAAGCUUUUAGCAAGUUAGGUGAUGCAAUUCUGUUAAAUCCUCUCCUGUUCGGCGACACUCUCACGGUAAAAGAAAGCUGUCCGGACGAAAGUACGGUGAAAGUAUUCGAAUAUAUGGCAAUGGAUGACUAUAAUGUGAUCAAAGAUCGUCAAGAUGAACAAAGCUUGAACGCUUCUCAAGUCAAAGCUGCUAUGGCGAUUCUUUCACCAUUAAAGAAGUGUACUUUUACGCCGGGCAACAUUUUUGAAAGCAAGACAUACGAAGCUGGUGACCGUCUUGUUGAGAUCCAUGGGCCACCAGGCACAGGAAAAACGAGUUUGAUUAGUGCAUGCUGUCAACAAUUCAUUGCAAGCCUUGUUGGGGGCUUUUCUCUUGGAAAGAGUAACACAAUUUAUGCUGUUUGUCAAUCAAAUGUGGCAGUCAAGAAUAUCGCUUUGUCCUUGAGCAAAAAGAAUGUCAAGUACAAAAUCAUCGUUUGUGAUCGUUUCCAGGUAUGGCAUCAAGAUUUGUACAAGGAUAUCUCUGAAAAUCUGAUCAUUUCUGAUCGUUUGGGAAAGAAUGGAUCAUUUGCCAACCUUUUUCGAGAUUGCAACGUAAUUCUUUCAACGAUGGCCUUCCUGUCCAGCCCACGUAUUGCGGAAAUCAAUAAGAUUCGUCCAAUGAGUUUAUUGAUGGUCGAUGAAGCUUCACAAAUUCAUCUUCGCCAUUAUCCUCAUCUGUUGAGCUAUUUCGGCAAAACACUUGGCAGGGUUGUAUUCUUGGGAGAUGAUAAGCAAUUGGCUCCUUUCAAUGCAGAAGAGGUAGCGCAGGCCGGAACAAGUGUGUUUGAAUUACCACAUCUCCGUGAGAAGGCAUUGUUGCUCGACACAACUUACCGUCUUCCGGUACCUCAAACUGAAUUCAUUUCGCAAAUGAUAUAUGAUGGCGAAUUGAAAUCUGGACCGGAAAAUUUCGAUCCAAAAGCAGGCAUCGUUGGUUGCGUUUCUUUCAUCGAUGUUCACAGCGGAAAAGAAAAGAUGCGUGAAAGCAAAUCAAAAUACAACAAGUCAGAAGUUGAAGUAAUUGUUCAAUUGGUCCAAGCGUAUGUGCGUCGUGGUUUGAAGCUUUCAAAUUUGAAAAUCUUGACUCCCUAUGAUGCACAAAGAAUGCUUUUGGAGAAGGAAUUGAUGAGAAAAGGGUUAUGUGCAAAUGCUGAUAUGGUUUUCACCGUUGAUUCAUUUCAAGGCCAUGAGUCCGAGUAUAUCAUCCUUAGCUUGGUUCGCGAUGGUCACAAAACAGAAGAAAAGAUGAACAACGGCGGCAAAAAAAGAUUCAAACGUAAGAAUGGCCGAGAAGAAGAUGAUAAAUCAAACCCUCUUCAUCGUUUCCAUUUGGGUUUCCUUAACAACGAUCGUCGUACGAACGUUGCCAUCACCCGUAAUUCACGUGGUUUGAUUGUCGUUAGCAGCAAACGAUUUAUCGAAGGGAAAGGAUCGUCCACCUUGAUUGGCAAGUUAGACGAAUACAUCAAAGACUCAAAAGAAGACGGUGAGACCGCUCAUUGGGUUGACGAACGAGAUGCUUUGACUGGCAAGUUACCCACGCAUAUCUUCUGCAAAGAGUGAAGAAAGAAAGUAGAUCCUGGUUAUCGUCCCCGUGUAUAUCAAUGUAGUCAUAGAAACUUAGAGAGAUAGAAUCAUACAAUAACGAAUAAUAUAAUAAUCAAGUCGAGUCUUUGUGUGUGCGAAUAGA